AUGUCGAGGCCUCAGGGCAGCUAUGGCCCGCCCACAUUCGUUACUGGACGACCUCAGAAUGGACGACCAACCGACAUCGCAGUCGCAACCUCCCCUCCCUCGACAACCGAUGCACAAGUCAGCGCAGCAACAACCGCCAGUGGUGGAAUGUUGGUAUCAGCAACGGAGGUGGCGAACGCAGCGGCGUUCCAGUAUCCUCUUGGCCUGUUGACGAUAAACAAUAUUGACAGCGUGGCCGUGGAUUAUCAAUCACCAUGGUCGAGCGCUACAUUGAGUGUCUCGUGUUCGGGCGAUGGCGUUGGUGGUUCUAAAUCUUUCGACAUCUCGUUACCAUCAGCAAACGGUGAAUAUAUCCUUAGUCCCAUCGAAAAGGAGAUCACCGUGGACGAGUAUCCGAUAUCAUGCUACCUGAUUUUGCGAGACAAUGAAUCGAUAGCAGGCUUCGUCGUUGGAGGCACAAUAGACAUUACAAGCACGGCAGGCGUGGCGUCAACAUAUGGCGUUGCGACAACCAGAGCAGCAGAUCCCAGUCGCACAUCAGCAGCGGCUGCAGGAGUAGCAACAGAUACACAAGAUGCAGAGCCUUCGGUAUCGGCGACAACAACGGGGAUGAGCGGCUCUGCGACAAAUGAUCCCAAUCCUAGCGCGAGCGCAGCCACGACCGACGUGGCUAGCACUUCCACCUCAUCUGAUGAGCAGGGCUCGCGUGGCACGUCCGCUGGUGCGAAGGCCGGCAUCGCCAUUGGUGUCCUACUCGCCGUCGGUCUCAUCCUCUUCGCGGUGUGGUUCUUCUACCGCCAGCGUCGGCGGAUGCGCGGCAUGGAAAGCGAACUCCAGGAAACAAAACGACAGCAUGAAAAUGACCGAGCCUAUGUUGACGGUAUCUUGAAAGUAGCCGGCAAGCCGGACACGAGAAAUGGAGGGAGGGUGGUGAUGGCGGAAACACCAAAUCGCGGAUCUGGCGAGUGGAAGGCGUUCUUCAAAGCGAAGGCAGCAGGCGGGACCCCAUUGCCACCUAGCGGGUUGGCCACGGCAAAUGCAGCGGACGGGAGGUCAACUCCAGGCGGAGAUGCCACCAGUACGACAGGCCUAGUGAGGCAUUGA